AUAAUUUGGGUUUCAUUUGAGGAAACAGAACUGUGAACACAAUAGAUACACAAUCCAAACCAGAGGAUGGUCAUAUUUAAACGGGACAAACCUGCAACUUGCAAAUUCCUGACGUUAGUCAUGAAUGGACAGCGAUUCUCCACGCUCAGCGGAAGCUAACAGCUGUAUGACUUCAUUACGUUCAGUAUUUUAACACAAGCUACGAGCUGGUAAACUCAUUUUAGUCAACAUCAGCACCCUGGUCACUUUGUGUGUGAAUGAAUAGUGAUGGAGUUGUCUCAGAGGGAGCGGCUGUCGGAGCUGGUGGAGGAGCUGACCACAUCGGGUCAGCCACAGCUCAGUCAGGACAAGAUGAAUGAACUCAAGAAAAUCUGCAAAGUGUCUAAUGACUGCAUAGACCAUCUGUACCACUCAGUGAUGGCCCAGCUCAACCAGGAGCACUGUGAGGUGCGACUGUCGGCCUUUCAGAUAGCCUCUGAGCUCUUUACCAGAUCGCACCACUUCAGGACGCUGCUUGUGGACAACUUCCAGGAGUUCCUGGAGCUGACAGUGGAGACCGACUCAGACCAGCCCCUCCCUCCUCCUAAAGAAGUAGCCAGGAAACUGAGGUCACUGGCCCUCCAGACGGUCCAGUCGUGGCAGGCGUUAUAUGGGACAGCUUAUAAGAAGUUGGCUCUGGGCUACCACUUCCUUAAACAGGUUAAGAAGGUGGACUUCCAAGAUGCUGAGGCCAGGAGCAUCGCAGAGAGGAGGAGGGAGGAGGAGAGACGAAGGAGAAUGGAGAGGAUCUACAAGGAGAAAGUGGAGGCAGCCUCCAAAGACAUGGAGGACUCUUACCAGGAAAUUGAGGCGACGUUGACGGAGAUAGAGGCUUGUAUGGGGCUACUUUUCCCUGAGUUUGGGCUCACAGACAUACAGACAGUCAUCAGAAAUCCUUCAAACUCCCAACAAGCCCUCAAAUGUCCAUUAGAUGAUGAACAGCCCUGCUGCAGCAAAAAUAUGAGGGAUAACCGAACCAGAGGAAUGGAUGAAGAGGUUGAAGGGAGCAGGGAAGAGAGAAAAGGGAAUGGAAAGGAGGAUAAAAUGUCCAAGUAUGAGGUGAGGAGGAGUGGAAAUGAGCAGGAGGAGGAGAAGAUAAUAGGAGGGAAGGUUGGAGAUCGAGAAGAAAACAGAGAGAUUCAGAAAAGGCACGGGGAAGGAGAGGAGGAGGAAGAAAACGAGGAAAAAGAGGACGGACGCAGUGAAGAGGAAGAGGAGCUUUAUGAUGAAGAUGUGUUUAUCCGGAACUCAGGGCUCAUUUCUCACUCCUACAGUCUGGACCUGAACCUCAGUCCUGGUUUACACGUACAGGAGACAGAGGAUAAUGAGGCAGUGGUUUCCACAUUGAUAGACCUCCACAGACUGAUAACAACCAAACACCUCCCGGCUGUGAAGGGCUGGGUGCAGGUCUUCACUAAGGCUGGUGCAGAGCAGCAGCUAUUAAGGCGAGCACUGGAUCUGAGGAAAUCAUUAGAAGCUGCUCUGCAGAAACACACAGAGCUUCACAUCGACUACAGGACCAGGGUCCGCAAAGUGAUGAAUGCUUUUUCAGACAAAGAGGAGGAUGAUGAUGAUGAUGACGAUGACUUUGAUGAAGUUCCAGAGAAAGAGGGAUAUGAGCCACACAUUCCAGAGCAUCUAAGAGGAGAGUAUGGUUUGGAUCCCACUCCUUCCACCUCAGCAGCACCUGUCACAGGAAAACCUCCUGCUAAGAGACCUGCAGCUCCACCUCCUCAUUCUUCCUCCCACUCCCCUUCCUCCAGACGUAUGAAGCAUCUCACAGAAGAGGAGCAGGAUCCGACCUGUGCAGCUGCCACGCUGCGCCUCCUCAGACAGAACCUCCCUCUCUCUGUGGAGUCCAGCAGCGGCUCAUCAGUGCUCGGUUCAUCUCAGUCCAGUUCAGACCAAAAGCCUGUUGAUGCUCCCGUGGUUCCAUUUGGUUUGGACCUGUACUACUGGGGCCAGGAGCAGCCCAAUGCUGGCAAGAUCAUCAAAGCAGCCUCUCAGCAUCAGUUCUGGGUUCCCGUUGAGGUUGAGGAAGAGGUGGAGAAUGAGCAGUUGCUGGCAGAGAGCAGGAGCAGAUACAUCUCCUUCCCUGGAAGCUUCACUCCUGUCAGUCAUUACUGUAGAGCUCCACUGGGUAAUGGAAAGCUGUGUCAGAGGCAGGACCGGCUCAAGUGUCCCUUCCAUGGCCAAAUCGUUCCUCGAGACCAGGAGGGUCGACCCUGCAGUCAGGAGGACCGACUGAGGGAGGAGAGGAGGAAGAGGGAGGAACAGCCUGACUGGCGUGAUGCGGAGCUCAUGCGAGACAUUGAGGCAGUAACAGGAGAAAACCUGGGUUCGGACAGAGUGGGUAAAAAAGGGAAAGGGAAGAAGAAGAAGUUCCCCAACCUCAGUGAUCUGAAGCAGAGCGCCAACACGUCCCGCUCCAGGCUUGAGAAAAAAGUCUUCAACAAGAGCAGCAUGCGUAGAGUGGCACAGGUGAUGAGUAAAGCUGACGGAAGAAAACAUGACAAGUUCUCCAACCAGUUCAACUAUGCUCUCAACUGACCUCCUGACAGUUACAUACGUUGAGUGAUUCUCUCUGUUUGUACUGGCCUCAAGGAAGAUUUCAAUUUCUUGAUGUGUGCAUUCUGUAUAUGAUCUGGUCACCAGAUGAAUAAGACUGAAAUAAUAUUUAAAACACUGAACACAAGUGCAGUUGGAAUGAUUUGACUUGUUUCAUAACCUGUUUAAGGAAAAGACGUGAUCAUUAAUCACAUGUAUGAUCACAUUUUACUGAUGUGCAGCUUGACACACAUCCGAUGAAUAAUAGAUACAACAAAAUUCAAUUUGUAUUUCAUUUGGUCUCAUUUAUCGACCAAAUAGUUGCGUUUAAAAUUGCAUUUAUAUCUGCCAAUCCAUUUAAUUCAAACUAUUUUUUCCUGCUCUUUUUCUAUUUGUAUUUAUGGUUGAUUUUAUAUUUGAUUUGUGAGGUAAAGCCAUGGGAUAUUAAUGAACAUGCAGCAGAUGAACAAGAUUUGUACCUCAAGUUAACUGUAAUUCUCUUCCCCUCAGCCCACUGUGUUUGUCCUUUUCUCGUGCUCCACUGUAAUUUAGCACGUAAAUAAAAAAAGUUUGGACAUGCAGCUACUUAACUGCGAAUGAAUGUGAUUGUAAAUAAAUUCAUGCUUUUUUAUAUUUGCAUUUUAA